GCGGCUGGGACGGGACUGGCGGGGGUUGGGGGGGGAAAGGCGGCCGUCGGUGCGACCGCAGCGGCGGCGGCCCCAUGUUUUCGCCCAGCCAGGAGGAGCUGUGCGCGCUGAACAAGGAGCCCGUCAAGUACGGGGAGCUGGUGGUGCUGGGGUACAAUGGAUCCCUCCCUAAUGGUGACAGAGGACGCAGGAAAAGCAGAUUUGCCCUUUACAAGCGACCCAAGGCCAAUGGAGUUAGACCCAGCACUGUCCAUGUCAUCUCUACUCCUCAAGCAUCCAAGGAGUGUGGAGGCACCCUCUCAGGUCAAAAGCUUGGAUGGCUGGAGACACAGCUCUGGGAAGAAGAUUUUGGAAUGCAAGAAGAAGCAUUUCUGACUCAGGCAAUCAGCUCGAAAGGUCAGCACAGCAUCUCUUUCACCUUGUCCAGGAAUCAGACGGUUAUAGUGGAAUAUACUCACGAUAAGGACACAGACAUGUUCCAGGUUGGGAGGUCCACAGAGAGCCCCAUAGACUUUGUAGUAACAGAUACUAUUUCUGGAAGUCAAAAUAACGAUGAAACCCAGAUCACCCAGAGCACCAUAUCCCGCUUUGCCUGCAGGAUAGUUUGUGACAGGAGCCCACCUUACACAGCGAGGAUCUUUGCAGCUGGCUUUGACUCGUCUAAAAACAUAUUUCUUGGUGAAAAAGCAGCAAAGUGGAAAAAUCCCGAUGGCCACAUGGACGGACUGACAACCAACGGGGUGCUGGUGAUGCAUCCCAAAGGAGGCUUCACGGAGGAGUCCAAGCCCGGAGUGUGGCGGGAGAUCUCGGUCUGUGGGGAUGUGUACACGCUCCGGGAGACCAGGUCUGCCCAGCAGAGGGGGAAACUGGUAGAAAACGAGACCAACAUCCUCCAGGACGGCUCCCUGAUCGACCUGUGCGGGGCCACCCUGCUGUGGCGAACAGCGGACGGACUGCUGCACACCCCGACGCAGAAGCACAUCGAGGCCCUGCGGCAGGAGAUCAACGCCGCCAGGCCGCAGUGCCCCGUGGGCUUGAACACUCUGGCCUUUCCCAGCAUCAACAGGAAGGAUGUGGUGGAGGAGAAGCAGCCCUGGGCCUACCUCAGCUGCGGCCACGUGCACGGCUACCACAACUGGGGCCACCGCAGCGACACGGAAGCCAACGAGCGGGAGUGCCCCAUGUGCAGAACCGUUGGCCCCUACGUGCCGCUCUGGCUGGGCUGCGAGGCCGGUUUUUACGUGGAUGCAGGGCCCCCCACCCACGCCUUCACCCCCUGCGGACACGUGUGCUCGGAGAAAUCCGCCAAGUACUGGUCCCAGAUCCCGCUGCCUCACGGGACUCACGCGUUCCACGCCGCCUGCCCGUUCUGCGCCACGCAGCUCUCCGGGGAGCACAACUGCGUCAAGCUCAUCUUUCAGGGCCCCAUCGACUGAUGCCGCCGGGCAGUGACCCCCAAUAAAAGUUUUCUUUAACGAUUUACUGUGAAGAUUUUUGCCACUAACUUCUAGAUUUUACCCCUUUUUUUUAUAAUGUUAUU